AUGACUGAUUCGGCGAGAGAGAAGUCGACUGAGACGUGUCAGACUCAGAAACUAGCCAGUAGCGUCUUGGGGGCGGUUCUCUCGGUUCAAAAGCUAGUCGGUGCACUAGCUGCUUGUGAUCCCACUGGCCACGCUGCCUGCGCUUGGUCAAUUGUGUCAGUUGGCCUACAGAUGGCUAGUAAUCGCCAAGACCGAAAGGUUGCACUGCUGCAAUCAUCAGCUGAUCUUUCUGACGUUCUUUGUCGAUACUCUUUCUUCGAGGUCUAUUACCGAGAGACAGAGUCUGAAGCCAGCGAAGGAAUACGAAGAGCAAUUGUUCGAGUCUAUACCGCGAUUUUACGUUAUGUCCUUGCCGCCAUCAAGUUUCAAGCUGCCUCGGUUGGUAGGAAUAUCAUAUAUGAUCUGACAGGCUCAGCUGUUGAACAGUUGAGAGAGCUAAAGAGUACUGUUUCUAACGAGGAUGUGAAUUUCGAGAAAUGGACACAUGUGACAUCUCUUCUUCGCCAUAAGGAUAGCGAAAUACUCUUAAAACAGAUCCACGAGCAGGCGCUUAAAGGCGAUGCCAAGGAUAAAACGCAAGAACGGGAAAAGUUCCUUCAUUGGAUAUACAAAUAUCCACUUUACGGUCGGCUGAAUGAUUUGACUAGCAAGAGAUACAAGAAAGAGGUCAUUGGCCGCUGGUUCGUGACAUCCAAUGAACUAAGUGAUUGGAAAGCCGGAAAACCCAAAGCUCUCCAUUGCUAUGGAAUUCCAUCAGCGGGCAAGACAAUGCUCAUGGCUGCGACAAUUGAGCACUUAGAUCGUGAUCAUCCGGACACGCCACUAGCAUUCGUUUUCUGUGACUACAAGUCAGGGGACCGGCAGACAUUUCCUCUGUUGAUAGCUUCCAUGCUAAAGCAGCUACUAGAGAGAUGUCCCGAUUAUCAGUCGCCGCUUUUUGCACAGUACCAAAAGAAUACCGAGAGAGAUCCACAACCGAGAGAGUUGCUUAAGGACUUCGAAAACUUGAUAGAGAAGCAAGAAAAGGUCUUUAUACUUCUGGAUGCAUUAGAUGAGUUGCAGCAAGGUGUCCGCCACGAGCUCCUAAAGCAGCUGUGUGCCUUUGGCGAAAGUUACAAGUCUUUGCACAUUUUGACCACUUGCCGCCCAGGCACUGUCGAAUACCAACCCAGUCCUGCAUACCAUCUUCUGGAAAUACAGCCCAGAGAAGAAGAUAUUCGACUUUACAUUGAGAAUUCAAUCGACAACCCUCUUCUCGACCGUAAUUGGGAGCUUCGAACGAAAAUUGUCACGAAAAUUCUCAAUGCUGCAAAAGGAAUUUAUUUGAUCCCAAAAAUCCAAACCAGCAUUAUCAACCAACUCCCAACCAACAAGAGAUUAGUUGCGCGCUUCAGGUGCCUUCCUACCGAGGAUGAUAGCCUUGACUCGACGUAUAAAGAUGCUAUGGAGCGAAUUGCCCAAGAAGAAACUUCCCAGAUCGAUGCUCAUAGGCUUCUCGCCUGGCUUGUGCAGGCAAAACGUCCCCUUCACAGCACAGAGCUUUUGAUUGCUCUUUCGAUUGGCGAUUUAGAUGAGGUCCAGCCCAGUGUGACCGAAAUUAGUCUAGAACCUUACGCCAGCUCUGAUGCUAGCUCCGAUGCCAGCUCCGAAACCAGCCUCGCCAACCCCAUCACACAGCAGGAUCUGAAGCAAAUCAUCGCCUCAUGUGUCGGCAUGGUGGAUUACGACGAGAAAGAAGAUGUUGUUCGGCUUGCCCACGAAACGACAAAUGACUUUUUGAGAAAACAUGCCUCAAAGCAACAUGACGUGCCCUUGAAAGAGGGCACCUCCCUGAAAGAGAAUGACGGACUAUUCAGGAUUGACCCCAAAGAAUAUGUUGCCCUCACCUGUAUCACCUACCUGAACAAAUACGACAGCAUGAAAGAAGACGUCCGUGGCAUUAGCACUCGAUACAUGCUGAUGGACCAGAAUACCUUACUUGAUUACAUGGCAUUUCUUGAUUACACGGCAAGGUAUUUCGGCUCUCACGUAGAAGAUGUCGGUACUGAGAGUGAAACACUGAAGCCACAGCUGAAGAAACUUCUCGAAAAGGACAGUGCAGGAGAUUCAGACCGAUUUCUCAUCAGUCUCUAUCAGCAGAACGCCAUCCGUCAAGCAUUGAGGAAUUGGAAAGGCAAGGAAGUCGAACCCGAGCUCUAUGACUGUUCUCACCGAGAUGAAACCAGUAUGCGAUUGGAUAGUGUGCAGCGAAUGGUACUUCUUGGGCUGCCCUCGUUGCUGGAUCAAUUUCUGGACCAGCCUCACCGUUCUCUAGAUGACUUCGAGGAGGGGGAUUCUCCACUCAACUACGCUGCUCAGAUUAGUCGACUGCAAGAAGCAAAGGUGCUUCUCAAGCACGGGGCCGCAAUCAAUGCCAUCGGCAGGGGCGGACGAGCCCCCAUUCAUGCUGCGUGCCGUUUUGGGUCACUCGAGAUGGUAGAAUGGCUCGUGGAAAUGGGAGCUGAUGUCAAUUUGCCUGAAGGCGAUGGUGGAGAGACACCGUUGCAUAUCGCAUCUUAUCAUGACCGAGAUGAUGUGCUUGACUUCCUCCUUAGCAAUGGGGGUCAAGUCAACUAUGGGCCGGCACACCGCCCACGGAAUACAGCCCUGCGGAACGCUCUUGACUUGGACAGAGAUAGGUGCCGAAGGCUUCUUCUCUUCGACAAGAAGUGCUUCACACGGGAGAAUGUGGCUGGUCUAGAUAUUCCAAUGGAAUCUAGUGGGUUGGUGCGAGAGCUCCUUGAAAGCUAUGUGUCUCCACACCAAUCGUUUGGACAAGGCCAGGGAUGUCUGGACGUGGCCCUUCUUCAGCGAGACAGUGAUUUGGUGCAGUUUUGUCUUGAAAAGGAAGCGUGCCCCAAGCUCUUUUGGACAACCGACUCAGACGAAAUGACUUUCCACCAAGAUGAGCCCUUUUACGACACUCUGGUAGCUCAGAUAACAGCGUUGAAUCCUCCCCUCCUUUCAAAGAAAAGGGUAGAACAAGUCCAAUUCGAUUGCGAAAGGUACGACACUGAGCAGCGUGAACUUGAACCAUACCUGGAAGUCCAAAUCCCCAAAGGAAGCCCUCCACCUGAUAAAAUAAUUUUCACCAUCGUAUCGCGUGACCAAGGCUGGAGCAGUUUUCAAUACGAUAAAGGUGCCUACAAUUCAUUAACCUGGUUUGAGGCCGGAAUAGCAGAUUGCUCUCCCAACGGGAUGGUUGAGCCUCUCGAGAUGCAGCAUCCCAUCAUUUGCCAGAACAAACAUGCAUGGAAUAACUGGACAACGCAGAUAGUCAGCUGGGAUCGACAUGAUACGAGUCCUGAUAUUCAAGAUUGGUUUGAUGCUCUGAUACCGGGCAGAGUGAUUCGGGUUUUUCCGCGGGUGGUCUGGUCAGCCGGCUGGAGCAAUUAUGUCAAAUCUGUGGUGGUGGAUGUUUUUGCCUAG